CUCCAACCGAUGCUGCUGUAUCAACACAAGCUCCAACUGAUGCUGCUGAAUCAACACAAGCUCCAACUGAUGCUGCUGAAUCAACACUAGCUCCAACUGAUGCUGCAGUAUCAACACAAGCUCCAACUGAUGUUGAUGAGUCAACACAAGCUCCAACUGAUGCUGCUGAAUCAACACAGGCUCCAACUGAUACUGCUGAAUCAACACAAGCUCCAACUGACACUACUGAAUCAACACAACCUCCAACUGAUGCUGCUGAAUCAACACAAGCUCCUACUGAAGUUGCCGUAUCAACGCCAGGUGUAACUGAUGUUAUGUCAACAAGUGGUAAGUAUCUGUAUUGUGUGUUUUGUUGUUUUGAAUUACUGUGUAGUGAAUAUAAGUUGUGACUGAUAAGUUAUUCUAUUUGGCGGUUGUCUUGUACUUCAAGUGAAUUAUAUUUUCUGACCAAGUAUCGUGGUGGUAAUGUUUUUAAGUAUCGAGAUGAAGUAUAGCCAAAGGUGUGCUCAGUAUGAAAAGUUAUGAUAAAAACUUAAACAAUUUUUUAUUCGGAUGGUGUCGGAUACCUACAGUACUGUAUAACGCAAUGUGUUAGAAUUUGUAGUCUGAUUUGAUUUUUGGAUUUAACCUUCGAUAUUUAUAGGCACUGUUGCCCCGACACGUAUAGGAGGUUUUGGUUGAGCAACACCUUCGAUUCCAGGUUACUGUAGUUUGAUUUUCUAAGUUCCUUUCCCCUGUAUUUUGGAUAUGUGUUUUAAAUGCAUUUAACUGUUGGUUUAUUAAUGGCUAGCCAUGGCAACCGGUCAUGCUAUGCUAAUAAACCUGCACCAAAAUAGUUUAAAGACAAUACAUUUAUGUAGGUUUGAUUAAGACAAGUGUUUAAAAAAGUAAUUUCCAUGGUCAGCUACGCCAAUGAUUAAUGGUACUGAGGUACCAUUCGUGUACCCCUCCUAAUCAGCAACACGAGUACUCUCAGGUGUGUACUGCUCUCUUCCCCCUCUCGGUUGUUUAAAAUUUAGACAGUUAUUCACGUGCAGAAAUUACCAAUACGCCUUGCAUUUUCUGAGUUUUCUUUCAUUUUAAAAUCCUUUUUUGUAUUGGCCAUUGGGGGUGUAAUGUAUUUUUUGUAAACAUGUAUUACUGUAUAAAAAAUGAAAUAAAAUAAAAUAAAAAAAAUGCAAUGCAAUGCAAUGCAAUGCAAUGCAAUGCAAUGAAACGAAACGAACUGAAGUGAAGUAAAGUGACGUGAAGUAAAAUGCAUGUUGUGCUGCGUUUAUGCCAUGUCACUGCAGAAGUCGUGAAUAAGGGACUGUAAUUAUUCAAUCUCGCCAUUCUCGAUUAUGCGUAGGUGGUUCAAGAUUUGUCAAUUUUUCUCUCUUAGUUAAUUGUGUAUUUAUAUUUUUGUGCAUUGUUGUGAUCUCACUUUUUUCUUUAAUUGUUGUUUUGUAGGGCCUACAGAACUUUAUUACAUCAAUUUAAAAGUUGUAAAUAACUAUGGUUAUGAUGUCGAUGUGCGAACUAACACAGAUAUCAUUCAGGACUAUAUAGUUCCAAAUGGUGAAGACCGUCAUAUUCAAGAGAUAACCGAAACAGCAGGAUAUUUCGUGAUACGCAUUUAUGAUCGUCGUGAUGGAAUUCUUAUUCUACAUAAUGGUGAAAGCUAUGUAAAGAUUACUCCAAAAACCUCGCCACAGUAUGAGUACAAUAUUGUGCUGGGACCAG